UCUUGUUCUCCAUUUUUCUCUCGCUGGGGCAAGCUUCCAUUUCUGCACAAAGGAGAGCUCAAGGAGCUUCAUAAGAAGAAGAAGAAGAAGAAGAUCAAAAGUCAUGAAUGCCCCCGACCGAUACGAGCGAUUCGUCGUUCCAGAGGGGACUAAGAAGGUCUCAUACGAGAGAGAUACCAAGAUCAUAAAUGCGGCGUCGUUUACCAUUGAAAGAGAGGAACACACUAUUGGAAACAUCUUGCGGAUGCAGCUGCACAGAGAUGAAAAUGUGUUGUUUGCUGGAUAUAAGCUUCCUCACCCAUUGAAGUAUAAAAUCAUUGUCCGGAUCCAUACGACUAGUCAGUCGUCGCCGAUGCAAGCAUAUAAUCAAGCCAUUAAUGAUCUGGACAAGGAACUCGACCAUUUGAGAAACGGAUUUGAGGCUGAGUUUGCAAAGUUCUCAAGGGACUACUGAUUUGGCAUUGAAAAAACAUGGUGGAGCUCAGCUCAAGAUGUAGAGACAGGACAAUGGGUUGCCGACAUGAAAUGGAAUUCCAACAUCUUUGCUUUGCUUUCUUUAAGGUUUUGCUGAAACCAUGUUGUAACUUUGGGAUUGUGAUAUGUAUUCAACUUUUUUGGUCUCAGCACUUUCGUGUUUAUGCUAAUAGAAUUUUAAAAGUUUUGAAUUGGUUGGUGUAGUUUUUAUUUACUAA